AACUGGAAGAAGGCGGAAGAGGAAGCGGCCGCCAUGAGCCGGUUCGGGGGCCGGCUGCGCGAGUACCCGGCGCUGUCCAUCGACCGCUUCGACCGCGACAACCUCCGGGCGCGCGCCUACUUCCUGUCGCACUGCCACAAGGAUCACAUGAAGGGGCUGAGGGCGUCCGUCCUGAGGAGGAGGCUGGAGAGCAGCCUGAAUGUUAAAUUAUAUUGCUCACCGGUAACUAAGGAAUUGCUGCUGACUAACUGGAAAUACAAGUUCUGGGAGAAUCACAUUGUUGCACUGGAAGUUGAAACUCCAACUCAGAUUUCUUUAGUGGAUGAAACUUCUGGUGAGAAAGAAGAUAUAGAGGUGACGCUUCUACCAGCUGGUCACUGCCCAGGAUCGGUCAUGUUUUUGUUUCAAGGUGAAAAUGGCACCGUGCUGUACACGGGGGAUUUCAGGCUUGCAAAAGGAGAAGCAGCCAGAAUGGAGCUUUUGCAUUCAGGGACCAGAGUAAAGGACAUUCAGAGCGUGUAUUUGGACACCACUUUUUGUGAUCCCAAAUUUUAUCAUAUACCAAGCAGGGAGGAGUGUCUAAAUGGGAUCUUAGAGUUAGUGCGAAGCUGGACCUCGCUGAGUCGCUAUCACAUUGUGUGGCUGAAUUGCAAAGCUGCUUAUGGUUACGAAUAUUUAUUCAUUAACCUCAGUGAGGAACUUGGAAUCAAGGUGCACGUGAACAGGCUUGAUAUGUUCAGAAACAUGCCAGAAAUCCUCUACCAUGUUACUACAGACCGGCACACUCAGAUUCAUGCCUGUCGACAUCCUCGGGAUGAUGACUUCUUUCGAGGAAACAGACUGCCCUGCGGAAUGACUUGCCAAAACGGAACUCCCUUGCGCAUAAUUAGCAUCAAACCCUCCACUAUGUGGUUUGGAGAAAGGAUCAAGAAAACCAGCGUAAUUGUGAGGACUGGGGAGAGUACAUACAGAGCUUGUUUCUCUUUCCACUCUUCAUUCAGUGAGAUUAAGGAUUUCUUGCGUUACAUCUCUCCGGUGAACGUGUACCCCAACGUGCUGCCGGUGGGUGGGACAGAAGACAAAGUUAUGGAACUAUUGCAGCCGCUAUGCAGAUCGUACAGGAGAAAUACGGAACCCAGGUACAAGCCCCUAGGAACACUAAAGAGAGUCCACAAAAGAGAUUUAUCUGAUACAGAUGAAGAUGAUCUCUUUGAUGCAGAACUGAGCUCUGCAAGGCCUAAGAUUUCCAAGCAGCAGAGAGAAGAGAGCAGGCCCUCCAAAACAACGCAGCCUGAAAAUGCUGAAGGAAACACGAACGAGAGCACGGACAGCUACAAAGCACCCCUAACUUAUACCUCCCUCCAGGUGGACUUCAUGGACUGCGAGGAGUCAAAUGAUGAUGACGACGAUGAUGACGACGAAGAAGACGACACAGAAGAUUCUGAAAAAAAUACAGCUCAAGUUCUUCCCCAGGAGUCAGAUGCCACUUCUACAGCAAAUUCCAAUGGCGUACCUGGCGACCAGCAGGAGCCUAAAGCUGACGUCCCGUGCUGGGAUGCGUUUUUUAAGUGUGACAGGCUGGAUGAAAGCUCUGAAAACGAGGACAACUUCCCAUCCUCAGCAGGUGCUGGUGGGUCCCAGUCACUCUUCAGCGAUUCGGAUGGGGUGAGCGACUCCACCCACAUCUCCUCCCAGAACUCCUCUCAGUCGACACACAUAUCGGAGCAGGGCAGCCAGGGCUGGGACAGCCAGAUGGACACGGUGCUCAUCACCUCCCAGGAGAGGAACGCCGCUGACUUCAGCUGCUUCAGCAGAGCCGGGGGCAGGACGGUUCCUGUGCCACACGAGGCUGCCAAGGAGAGUCAAGCUGACAACAGCAGCUGGAAGGCACCGGGUCAGAACAGGUCUCGUGCCUCUGAUGUCAUCUGUGACUUGAAAAGCAGAGACUCGGAGAAGGAAGCAGAAGCUGGCACUGCUCAUGUUCAGGAGGUGCUGGUGGAAACGCGUGACACUUCUAGGGCUCCCGAUCUGGAACUGAAGAGGGACUCCCAGAGCUCCUCGGACUUUGAAAUUCCCUUGACCCCUGACGCCGAGUUACCUCAGCCAGACAAGCUGUACUGCCUGUAUAAGAAGCUAGCAGCAGGUGAAAGCAUAGUGAGAAAACUCCCCUGAAGACAGGUAGAACGGAUUACAUCGUGAGAACAGGGCCAUUUUUCUUUAAGCCCCAAAUUAUUUUUCUCUUUAGUGCCAAUUACUACUUGCACUUAAGGUAAUUUACACAAUUUUUCAGUAUUACUAUCAUAAAUAUUCUGCAGCCCCUGUAACUUCUGUUGUUCCUUCCAUGAAGUAUUUUAAGAAAGUACUUCCAGAGGGGACUGUAAAAGCCUUCUACCUCCUAAAGUUCAGUUCUCCAGGGCUGUGAGUAGGUAGAUAGAUAGAACAGACAAAUUUAAGGAUGGGACACUAAGUGAAAUUUAGUGUUUACUUUUAUCAUGAGCUCUAAGAGUUUGCCUUUUAUGCACGCGAUCUCAGGUUUUAAUACAAUACUACAUUUUUAACUGGGGGGGUGGGGGGAGAAUGUGGCAUCUUCCAGGGAUGGCCACGUAAAUAAUGUGAAGGGCUGCACUGCGGCUUCAGGAAAUCCCGAGUUUGCACUGCAGCCAUUUUAAAGGACUGCAGAACUGAGCAGAGAAUGACUGAGCAAAGUUUUGGCUGCCUUUUAUUUUUGUCUGGUCGUUUCUUUAAAUCAAACCGCUCUGUCUUUAAAGCGAGCGGGUACUAAACACCACUGCCUAUGGUUUAAAUCUAACUCACUACAACCCACUUGUCAUCAGUUCCUCUGCUGUGGUUCAUUCUCAGUUUUUCAGAGCUACCUGAAAAUAAAAUGCCCUGCGUUUGGUUCCAAAGCCAGCGGCAGUAGCUUGCUUUGGAAGCUACGUCACAGCAGCAGAAGCCAACCUGUUACCUCUGCUACUCAAGGCUCUUGUAUUACCAAAUUUUACCUCCUCUCCACCAUCUCAUUGAUGUUACUGAACUCGGUCAUGUUCAGAUCUCUGUUUUUUAAAGCAAGACAAAUUCUCCAUGCACGUUUGCCACCAUAACUAACUUCUUGCCAAAAUUCUUAGCUUUUACAACGGAAAUGUGGCUUCAGGUUCUUAAAUUUCAAUGUCUAGGAAGAAAUGCCUAAACAACAGAAUUUAUCUGAGUGUUCUAUGAGCUCUUAGGCCCAAAGAAUUAAAAAGACUUCUAUUAUGACAGCUCUCCCUUUUGUGUACAUCAAAUUUUCUGCUGUUUUUAGUGAACCAUGAACGUUAAAGCAGCCAGCGUUCUGCUACUGGGAACAGUGGCAGGAGAAAAAAAAAAGAAAAUUUGCUAUCGUCUGUGUAUGACUUGAAGGUUAUUCAAAUCCAUGUGUUUUUCCACUGUUCCUGGGAUUUAUUAACGCGUAUUCCAAGCACAGAUUUUUAUUUUGCUUUUUAGCAAGGUUAAAGGGAACCAAACCGCUGUUGUACCUAUCUACCUCUGUGAAUAAAGUCAUACAGAGCAGAAUCUUGUCUGUUGGCGUGUUCCCUUAACAGUAGAAUACGUUUCCAGUGUGUUUAAGUACACAGGAACCCCAUCUGCUUUAGGCAAGUCAAUAUUGCAAAUUUAGACCGGCUCCCCUAAGCCAUAAACUGAAAAGGAAACACAUGACUUCCUCCUGAGUGCUCAGCUACAGUCCUUUCACUGCUAAAAGCUGGGAAUUAAGAGGGGGCAGCUUUAAAGCAAGCUGUUCUGUUCCAGCUAAUUCUGAGAGGGAAACUUUUUUUUUUUCUUUCAAGAAUGACAACAACAAGAGAAAAACUAAAUUUAAUUUAUUUUUAUCAAAAACUAUAGGAAGAGAGCAAUACUAGAGAUCACACAUUAUGAAAAGAAAAUGUUCCUGAGCUUACAAACUGCAUAUUCUAACGUACACAGUCCUAAAACAUACAUUAGAAAUAACCAAAGGAUUGACUCAACUUUGAGAUUAAAUAAAUAGACAAUAGCUUUCUUACAGAUGAUCUUGCAGCAUUAGUUCUGCUACCUCAC